UGUUCAAUCGUGAGAUCAAUCCCUCGUAAACAACUAUCAAUUACGUUUACGAUAACACAGAACCCUUUCAAUCAUGCCUAACGCAAUCGUCACCGGAGCUACUGGCAUCCUCGGCCGCGAGAUCGUCUUCGAACUCGCAAAGGAUACAAAGACAUGGUCCAACAUCUACGCUCUCUCUCGCAGCAAGAAGGAAGACUACCCAUCAAGUGUCAAGCACUCCCACCUCGACCUCCAAGCCGACCCUCAGGAAAUGGCCAAAGAGCUUCAAAACAUAAACGCCGAAUACGUCUUCUUCACCGCCUACCUCGCCAAAGACGAUGAAGAUGAAGCCACGAAGGUCAACGGAGAUAUGCUCCAAAACUUCAUUUCUGCUCUCAAGAUCACCGGAGCCGCAAAGAACAUCAAACGCUUUAUCCUAACCACAGGCUGCAAACAAUACGGCGUCCAUUUCGGCGUCCCCAAAAACCCAAUGCAAGAAUCUGACGCCUGGCUUAAACACCCUUCUUACCCAUCGAACUUCUACUACCGCCAGCAAGAAAUCCUACACAAGGCCGCCGCAGAAAAUGGCUGGCAGUGGACAGUCACUUACCCCAACGAUGUCAUCGGCGUCGCCAAAGGAAAUUUCAUGAACUUGGUCUCUGCAGUGGGCAUCUAUGCCGCCAUAACCAAGGAGUUGAAGCAACCUUUCAUCUGGCCAGGCUCUCCACACUUCUACACCAAAUUCGACAGUUUGACGAGCUCAACUCUGCAUGCGAAAUUCAACACAUGGGCCGCUUUUGCACCUGGAGCUGCUGAUCAGGCUUUCAAUGUCGUGAACGGCGAUGUAGAGUCUUGGCAGAACUUGUGGCCUAGAGUCGCUGCUAAAUUCGGUCUGCAAAUUCCGGAUAAAAUGUUUACGGAUGAGGAUCUCAAAAACGAUUUCGGCGACGAUGGACUUCUCAUGCCACUUAUGGAUACACCUCCUAUUUCCGAAUUCGCAGCUGAUCGCGGUCUAGUCGACGCUCCGAUCACGAAGAAAUCUCUGGUGGAAGGUAAAAUCGAUCUUGCCAAGUGGGCACAGAAGCCUGAGGUCAAGAAAGCUUGGGAGACCCUCGCCGACAGAGAAGGAUUGGACAAAUCUGCAUUUGAANCUCUCAACCACGAACAGUCUUAG